AUGUCGUCUCGUGGAUCCGAACGAGGUAUACGGAGAGGAAAUCCCGUGGUUGAACCAAAGCAAGGACGUCGAGGUGGAAACUCUAGUGCUAGUACGAGUAACGUAAGUCGAUACUAUAGGUCAAUGACCCUUACUGAUUUCCUCAAGAAUGGUCCACCUCGGUUUAACGGAAAUGCCAAUGCCCUGGAGGCUGAUCAGUGGUUUCGAGAAGUAGAGAGGUUUUUGUACACUCAGCACAUUCCUGAAGUACAGUCAGUAGAGAUAGUGACUCAUAUGUUGGAGGGAGAUGCUCAGAAUUGGUGGCAAAAAUUGUAUCAUACCUUGCAGGUGGAGUUAACGGAUGUCCCUUGGUAUAGAUUCAAGACAGAGUUUUAUGGGAGAUAUUUCUUGCAUGCGUUUCGCAUUGCAAAAGAAUUGGAGUUAAUGCAGUUGAGGCAAAAGGAUAUGUCUGUUGCUGACUAUACCCGUGAAUUCGACAACCUGUGCCGUUUCUCAAAAACUUGUCAAGGAAAUCCAGCCGAUUAUGAGGAAUGGAAGUGUGCUCAGUAUGAGAAAGGACUAAGGAGAGACAUCUUUAAUUACGUGUAUCCACAAAAGCUAACAAAUUUCACUGAGUUGGUUAAGAAGAGCCAGCUCACAGAGGAUUGCUCCAUAAAGUGGACACUGCUAUAG